GCGGCGGCGGCGCCCGCAGCCAGCGCGGUCGGGGCCGGGGGAGCCGGAGCCAUGCCGGGGCUGCUGCUGGGCGACGAGGCGCCCAACUUCGAGGCGGACACCACGCACGGCCGCAUUCGCUUCCACGACUUCCUGGGAGACUCAUGGGGCAUCCUCUUCUCCCACCCACGGGACUUCACGCCCGUCUGCACCACAGAGCUCGGCCGGGCGGCGAAGCUGGCACCUGAGUUCAGCAAGCGCAACGUCAAGAUGAUCGCCCUCUCCAUUGACAGUGUCCAAGACCACCUCUCUUGGAGCAAGGACAUCACUGCGUACAACGGGGAACAGCCCAAGGAGCAGCUGCCCUUCCCCAUCAUCGCCGAUGCCAAGCGGGAGCUGGCUGUCAAGCUGGGCAUGCUGGACCCCGAUGAGCAGGACAAGGAUGGCGUGCCCCUGACUGCUCGUGUGGUGUUUGUUUUUGGCCCGGAUAAGAAGCUGAAACUCUCCAUCCUGUACCCAGCCACCACUGGGAGGAACUUUGAUGAGAUCCUGAGAGUGGUGGAUUCCCUGCAGCUGACAGCCUACAAGAAGGUCGCUACCCCAGUGGACUGGAAGCCUGGUGACAGUGUCAUGGUUGUGCCAACCUUACCUGAUGAGGAAGCCAAGAAGCUCUUUCCCAAAGGAGUCUUCACAAAGGAGCUCCCUUCAGGCAAGAAGUACCUGCGUUACACACCGCAGCCAGAGUGAACGGGGCCAUCCCUGAGCUGCAGCUCCUCGCCUGUUGAGAGCCUUCCCUGUGCUACCACCACACUGAUGUCACUUUGCAGUACUAAACCAAUCCUCCUCAUCCCUUUCAUCCCCCCCCAGCCCCUCAGAAACUAAAACCCCGGGUGUUUCUUUGCCUUGACUCAGUGAGGAAGAGGUUAGCAGAGCAGCAUGGGCUCCAGGGCUGGUGUCACCGCGGGUGUGCUAUGGGCACCAGCUGAGCUCUUCCCCAGAGGCACGGUGACAAGCAAAGAGUGGGCAGCCAGGCCCCACUGGGGUGUCCUGUGAUGGGCUCACACCCCCCAUCAAGGACCUUUGGGAGGUCUAAACUGCUGCAGCCAUCACUAAUGCAUUAACACCUCUGGCCUGGGGCAUAAGGGAGCUGCUGCAGAGCCAAAUCUCUCACUGAACUGCUUUCUCAUCUCUUGCUGGAAGUUAAUUGUUUUCAGGUUUUAUGGAAGAGAAAAAAUAGAGCAAAUAAAGUGAUCUUCAGUACUA